AAUCGAAAGCGAAUAAAGGCGGCCGCGAUGCAUCGAGCAAACCCUACUCCUCCGCGACGACUGCGCGGACACACACCACCCCGGCUGCAUCACCUCGUCGCUGAGCGCGCCAGAAUCGCUGGCAAGUGGCCUACCACUAGUGGGCCACAUCAAGAGACAAAAACCACCAAGUCAUGGCAGAGGCAGUCGCCCAGGAGAGGCCCUGCAGCGUCGAGGACCAGGCCGCCUGGAGCCGGUUCUGGCAAGGUGGCUGUAAAGACUUCCCGAGCGCGCUCAACCUGCUCAACACCAAGUACACUCCGCUGCAGCCCCACCUCCUUUCCGCCCAAGCGGCGCCCUUCGAGGCAGACGCAAUGAGAUAUAACGCGGAGGUGAUGUUAUUCGACAUCCGCAACCAGAAGGUGCGUGAGCUCAUGAGGAGGAUCACCGAGCACCAGUACAGAGGGGGGGCUGAACGAGUGAACCCCAUCGACCUGAGCGGUCUGAGCGCGGCCGAGUACAUCGCUGCCUGUAGGCUCCUGCAGGAGACGUGGAUCAUGCUCGCUGCCUCCGACGCUAACAAUGUCUCGAGGGGUAUUCCGGUGCCAGAGGGGGCAAAGGUAGUGAACUCACGGUGCUACGGCCCACGAGAGAAAUACGUAGCCCAGUGGGAAGAAGGAAACUCUACAGUUCAGAGUGAGCACCGAACUAACAGUUCAAUCAAUGGGCAAGGACAAGUAGACCCGUUUUACCUUCCUCGACUAGGGGACUCAUUCGUGAAAGACGUGCGUACUUACGCGGCCAUCAAGAAUGAUCUGACUAAAAUAAUGGAAGACCUCGGGGGAGCCUACCCGGGACCGGGACAGAGGCGCCUGGCCGACCUGUUCAUCCAGUUCGCGCACAGUCACUCCCUUGCGGGGGCGCCAGAGCUAGGCAAAGAGAAAAUAGACAAGCUCUUCAAGAUAUGCUUUCUUAUCAUGGAGAAGGAGCAGGCCCAGUGGCAGGCGAGUUGCUUCAUCAGGACGCCUUGGCAGCUGGGAAUGGCCGUGUCCUUCGCACGGCUCGUCAUCCUCUUUAGGGACGGUGUGGUUCAGCUAGAUGAUAUGUUCGGCGAGACGGGUGUCUACAGAGUCUACAGCACCAAAAAGAUCUUGGUCAACUACGACGACGUGCGCGAAAGGUGCGCCGCUAUUGACAAGAAGUACUCGGAGCAUAUGGGGAGCGAAGUCGAUGCCAGGAAGGACCUCGUCACUGUAUACGGACAAGUUGCCCAAUAAAAGCAAACACUUUGACAAAAGGGCACUUUCGUCUAUAGUAAAUCAGAAAUCAAAAGGUCCUGCAUAAAAAAACUUUUAUUUACACUAUA